AAAAUUUAUAGGUUAAGGUAAAACGUGCAAUUAACUUUAAUAAAAUGGAUAAUAGAAUAAUACGAUCGUUCAGUGUAAUUAUUUUUUUACUUAUUUGUAAUUAUUAUUAUACAGAAUCUGCAUUGUCUACGGAUUCAAUACAUUUUUUAAAACCAGGAGAUGUCUAUUCAAAUGACAAACCUGGAUUACAAAUCUUUUGUCACAAUGCCAAUUCAAAAUAUUUGAUACAUAUGUGGAGAAGUUUAACAAUGCACUUAAAUACAAAUAUAGAUAAUUAUGAUUUUUAUAUUGGAAAGACUCCUCAAGAAGUAAUACAAAAGCAUGAUGAUAAUCAGCGAUCUUGGAGCCUUAGUUUAUUUAGCACAAAAAAGAGUAACAAAUUGAAAAUUAAUCCAUUUGAAGAUAUAUGUAUUGGUGUAUAUGUAUAUAAUAAUAUAUCUAAUUUAUAUAAAUAUACAAUGAGUAUAAUUCAAACACGUAUUGACAUCUCAGAAUUAUUAUUAAUGCUAUUAGGCAUUCUAAUAUUUUGGAGUGCUCAUAAACUCAGUGGAAAUCCUUUAUUUUAUUAUUUUACCUGUAUAACUCUUGGUGUCUCCACUUCAAUUAUAAUUCUAGUAUACUUUUUUAGCAAGUUCUUAUUAAGGGGUAAACUUAUGUACUUGAUGAUCGCAACUGGUUGGACAAUGAGUUUUUAUUUAAUUCAAAUGUUAUGGGAAAAUAUCCAACAAAUCGUAGUUCAAUACAGGGAAUGGGUGGCAUGGUAUAUUUUAUUAACGUCUUUAAUCAGUUUCGUCAUUAGUUAUCGAUUUGGUCCAGUUACAAAUACUAGAACGAAAAAACUUAUUCAAUGGUUUUUACAGAUAGGAGGACUGUUAACCAUAUUUUAUAGCAGUUAUUUUCGCGAAGCAUCAUUUUUUUGUUGUCUUAUAAUUACUCUACUUUAUAAUUUUCCCAUUGCAAUAAUUCGAAAAGGACAAAAUUAUUGGAAAAACAUGUUUCCCAUAAAAAGGAAGUUAUUAACGGAAGACGAAUAUCGUAAAGAAGGAAUAAGAGAAACUAAUAAAGCGUUACACGAGUUAAGAGAAUAUUGUUCUAGUCCUAACUGUAAUCCAUGGAAAACAGUUUUAAGGUUGAAAGAUCCGAUAAGGUUUGCCAAGUUUAUGGAAGGCGAUUCACAUUUGUCCGACGAUGAGUCGCGGGAACACGAUAUCGAGAUUACAAGAAUAAUAGAAGAGUGUGAAUAUACGGAUGAUGAGGAUUAUUUGUGAUAAAUGUAUAUAAGAAUCAUUAGUUUUAUUCAAAAGAUCAAUUCAGUGCAAAUUAAUGAACAUACAUAUGUAUAUAAAUACCAACUUCCAUGCAAUUUUGCACGAUAUUUAUUCAAAAUUGUUCCAAGUGAAUAUAAAAAGGAAUUGUAUUUUACA